ACAAAAGAUGAUGUUCUUCAUGACCGUCUUGGGAUUUGCUAAGUACCUGCAGCAAGAUCCCCCCAGCCCAAUGAAGCAAGUGACCCUCUCGUGGCGAUGGUGAACCAAGCAUGGUUCCACAACAACUAUCUCGCUAUCAACAUUAUCCUGGAGGGGUUGGGAGAUUCGUUGUACCCCGUCUACGCCGGUGCAACGCUCGCCAAGGAGCUUUGGAAUAGCUUGAACAAAAAAUAUCAAGCUGAAGAUGUCGGCACAAAGAAGUUCAUCGUCGGGAAGAUGCUGGACUACAAGAUGGUCGACAGCAAAUCUGUUGUCGCCCAGGCUGAGGAGCUUACGGUAAUCUUCAACAAGUGCAAUGAAGAAAAAGUAGGCGUCAGCGAGGCCUUCCAAGUGGCGGCCAUCAUCCACAAACUUCCCAGGUCGUGGGAAGACUUCCAAGCCGACCUCAAGCUCAAGAGAACAGAGCUGAAUCUAGAGCAACUGCUCACGCGGUUGAGGAUCCGAGAGGAAGGGCUUGCUAGAAGAAAUGGAGGGGCAAAGGCGAAUGUUGUAGAACACCCGUCGGGCUCUUCACAUGGCGGGAAGGACAAAAAGAAAAUGGGUCCUAAGGGUGGUGUUUCAAAAUUUGCAGGGAAAUGCUACAACUGUGGCAUUACCGGGCAUCGUUCCUCUGAUUGUAGGAAAAAGAAGCCACAAAAGGGAAAGAAGAAACCCACUGAAGCCAUGUGUGCGGAGCUUGACAACUUGGACCUCUGCGCGGUCGUCACCGAGGUGAAUCUCGUCGGGUCAAACCCGAGGGAAUGGUUUGUGGACACAGGGGCCACACGCCAUAUUUGCUCAAACAGGAGCAUGUUUCACGACUUCCAGGAGACCUCCGGUGACAAGGUGUGGAUGGGCAAUUCGGCCCAAUCAGAGGUUCAAGGGAUUGGAAAGAUCAAGCUGAAAAUGACCUCCGGCAAGGAGCUCACGCUCAACGACGUGCUCUAUGUCCAGAAUGGUGUUUGAAUCAGACAAGCUAAUUUUGUCCAAGAAAGGGAUUUUUAUUGG